AUGCUGCUCUGCAAGUGCCAGUCAUUCACAGGAUUCCAUGAAGUUCUGAGGACAGAACUGCAGUGUCAGGCACAGAUUAAUCCCCACGCUGGCCUUCUAGACAAAUCCCACAUCAUGUACGCUUUGUGUCGACACCUUCCGAAGCAGAGAUUCUGGGCCCCACGCCUGCUGCCCGCGCCGAGGGACUCACUUCGACACCACGGCGCGUCUCUCUCAUCGAACGGAAUAGACACACAGAACGACAUAAAAUGGCUUUAUCCAGUAGGGAGUUCAGUCGAGAAGAUGAACGUGGCAGCGACGCACUCUCAGCUGAACCUCAUAGCGAGCUUGACGUUGAGAAGCGCCGUGCCCGUCUCCACGGCGCACUUCCACCAGACGCUCGUCCACCUCCAGAGGAAAGUCGCGUCCUUGAGAACGUGUUUCCGACAAAGAGACCAAGCGCUGUGGUUGUGUGAGAUGAUGGAACCCCAAAUUGACUUUCAGGUGAUAAAAAACGCAGACCUCGAGACGGAAAUUGAUAAACUGAUAGUCAAGCCUUUUGUCAAGCCUGCCGUAGAGCCAGUGUGGCUUGCUCGCCUCCUACAGACUUCCGACGAGCCUUCCUACUGUGGUCCAGAACUGAAGGACUUUCCUCACCAAUACAACUUCAUCUUUUUCUUCCACCACGGGGCUGUGGACGGGAUCUCGGGCUUGCUGAUCCUCACCGCGUUUCAGAAACUACUCGAAGACGUGGUCACAGGCGCUUAUAUCGACCAAGAGCAGUAUGGAAGGCUUGUGAGUGAGGAACAGACCAUGAAACUAGAGAGGGAAACUCUGGACAAGUUAGAAAGCAAUCCGGAGGAGUUUCAGAGGUUGGUCGACGAAAUGGCAGGGACGAUGUCCACUCCUCUGAUCAACCAGGCGUUCAGUACUCCGGCGAAAGAGGAAUUCCCCACAAGGAUUUUGCAGAGGGUCUUCAAGGCUCACCAGCUACACACUUUGCAAGGAAGAUGUCGCUCUCACGGAAUCACCCUCAACUCGGCACUGGCCUCAGUGAUAAACACAGCUUUGGUCGAGCUGGUUGCAGAGGCGGGGCUGGAGAGGGACGCCUACACCAUCACCAGCCAGCACGCCAUCAACAAGAGGCGCUAUUGGAAAGGCGACAGUUCCACGGUGCUCGGGAACCACGUGGGCCCCAUGUCCCACACCAUGCACACACCCCGCGACAACAGGAAGAACUUCUGGGCAUAUGCCAAGCGGUUCGACGCCGAGUUCCGCCAGAAGCUGAAGGAGGGAUACAUCUUCCAGGAGAAGAUUAUCAGGUCCAAGCUCCUCCCUGAGGACUACAGCCACGAGGCCUUCUACAGCUCUCCACCGCCUACUGUGUAUGAUUACUUUAUGACCAACAUUGUCAUACCCCACAAAUUUGACCAUGGAACAGGAAAGGUCAUUCGGCUGACUGAAUACAGGAAUCUGUGUAACAUCAGUCGCUGUGAUUAUCCCAUGAUACAUAUGCUGAACGACAUGUCCCAGGAGGAGGUUAAUUACACACUCAUGUAUGCCACUGGUCGGUUAAGUCAUGAUACAGCUCAAGCUUUUCUUGACAAAAUAAUGGAUGUGUUGUCAUAUACGGUGAAAUGACUCGGUGCAGCUUGGUCCUUGUCAGUGACAGAAAACAAAAGACAUACAUAUUAGUUAUAAGCUGAUUUAACAAGCAGUUUGUUCUGUUUUCACGCACACACGAUGGGAAGAAUUCCAUUUAUUUUGUUAUGAUUUGUGUUAUUCAAGAACUUGUUGAUAUUUUUAAAUAAGCAUUUGUGUCAAUCUCUUCAAAACAGAUUUCACCUUUGC